AUGGAUCCAGCAGACUUACCCGGGGAGAGCGAUCUGAUGCGAGUCCAACGCCUGGUUGAGUGGAUAACCCACACCUCGAAUAUGAGAGCUAGGAUCGUGGGGAUAAAUGGCAUUGAGGAGAUCCUCAAAGGAAAUCCCUAUCUCCGCCAGGUCAGAGGAUGUUCGGACUUAUUGGCCAACUUGUAUGAAGCCCGGGAGGCGGCGCGAGCUUGGGAAAUAUCGGGCGUCCAGCAGCGACAGCCAACAGCCACCCCGGAGCAGCCGCGUCAGCCUCACCUGCCGGAUGCGAGUUUACCCGGCCUGUCGGUGCCGGCUGCGGGGAAGAAACGUCGAUCGCGCCGCCGGCGCGCCACCCCACAGCCGGACAUUCGGACUUCUACAUCGUCGGCUGUGGUGGGUGAGGACUCUUUUUCCGUUAUGGAUUGUGGAACUGUUUGUUCUGGGGCAGUGUUUUGUGCUGCAGAUAGCAAUGUAAACAGCUUAUCGCCUGCUCAGCCAUUCUUAGCUCAGUUAGCUGCCCAGCUGCCACUCUCAGCUCAGUUAGCUGCUACGCAGCCGCUCUCCACUCAGUCUCCAGUGUCAGUCGCUCACUCACCGUCUACUCAGUCUCCGGUGCCACACUCUGCUCAGUCUCCGGUGCCACACUCUGCUCAGUCUCCGGUGCCACACUCUGCUCAGUCUCCGGUGCCACACUCUGCUCAGUCUCCGGUGCCACACUCUGCUCAGUCUCCGGUGCCACACUCUGCUCAGUCUCCGGUGCCACACUCUGCUCAGUCUCCAGAGCUCUCAGCUUCACCCUCAGUGCAGUUUCCAGAGCUCUCAGCUUCACCCUCAGUGCAGUUUCCAGUGCCCCCAGCUUCACCCUCAGUGCAGUCUCCAGUGCCCCUUUCGGCUCAGUUCCCCCCAGUGUCACCUUUUAAGCAGCCCCCUGAGUACCACCUCAUGUCAGCGUUGCCUGGGCAGGGCCAGUGCUCUGGGCAGUGCCAGUUGCUUUCAUCGCCGCCGCCAGCUGCAGCGCCGCCGUCUCCGGCUUCCACGCCGCCGCCAGCUGCAGCGCCGCCGCCUCCGGCUUCCACGCCGCCGCCUGCAGCGCUUCCGUCUCUAGCUUCCACACCAGCUGCCGCCUCUUCAUUCACGCCAGCUGCAGCGCCUCCGUCUCCGGCUUCCACGCCGCCGCCAGCUGCAGCUUCACCAUCCACACCAGCUGCCGCCUCUUCAUUCACGCCAGCUGCAGCGCCGCCGUCUCCGGCUUCCACGCCGCCGCCAGCUGCAGCGCCGCCGCCUCCGGCUUCCACGCCGCCGCCUGCAGCGCCGCCGCCUCCGGCUUCCACGCCGCCGCCUGCAGCGCUUCCGUCUCUGGCUUCCAUGCCAGCUGCCGCCUCUUCAUUCACGCCAGCUGCAGCCUCACCAUCUACGCCGCCAGCUGCAGUGCCUUCGUCUCCGGCUUCCUCGCCGUCACCUGCGGCCUCUUCGUCUCCGGCUUCCUCGCCGUCACCUGCGGCCUCAUCGUCUCGCCACUGGCCAGGCGACAUCGCCGUCGUGGGCGGCCCCCGGACCGCCUCCACCUGGGUCGCCGCCGCUGCCGUCCUCACGGCCGACCCCCUGAACUGUGCCCACGUCGGCGCCGCUGCCGUCCUCACGGCCGGCCCCCUGAACUGUCCGGGCUCCUGGGUUGUCGGCCCCCGGGCCGGCCCCCUGACCUGGGUCCACAUCGCCACCGUGGCCUUCCGCACGGUCGGCCCCCGGAACUGUUUGGACUCCUGCUGCCGGUGGGGGCGGCGGCGGUGUCGGCCAGGACUGGAUCUGAGCCGCCAGACUCGCGAUCCUUUGCGCGCGACGCUCAACCCGGUCCUCCAGCUCUUCCUGCCAGCGCCUCAACACUGCCGUCUGCUCCUGCUGUGCGGCCACCAUCUCGGCCACCAUUUUAGUCAGCUCCUUCCCCGGCUGGCCCAGUUGCGGGUCUGCUGUGUCCCCAUCCUGGGUUUCGGCACCACUGUGGAGGUGUAUGAGGGGGUGGAGUCUGUCCUGCUGCCCUGUCAGGUACAAGCUGAUGUUACCAUUGACUCCACAGCAGCAGUGUGGGACCGUGAGGAGCUCAAGGACCCAACAGUCCACGUGCGUCUGCCGAGUGGUGACGAUUUUAAAGAUCAGAACAUUCGUUACUUCAGUCGAACAUCACUGAGAGCCGACGCUCUGCUGACUGGAGACCUCAGCCUCACACUGAGGAACCCCACAGUCUCUGACAGUGGAAACUACACCUGCACAUACCGCAAGUAUGGACAAGAUCGGAACAAGACCUAUGUAGACCUGAAGGUCACAGAACUUCCUCCUCGUUCUGCAGUCUGGUUUAAAGUCCUCUCAGGUGUCCUGGUUCCUGUGGUUCUUCUGGCUGUUACGUUUGGUGCAUGUCUGUUUUGUAGAUACAAAAAGUUAAAGAACAAAGAAGUUCGUGAGGUGGAGGUGGGUUCAGGUGUGGAGUUUGCCAAGCUGCCCUGCAAAGCCACAGUUCACCUGUCUAAGGUAAAUAAAGUCGUGUGGAAGGACAGAGAUGGCAGGAUAGUCCACGUGUAUCAGAAAGACUCUGAGCAGCCUGAAAAACAGCACAGACGUUACAGGAACCGAACAGAAAUGAAUGAAGACCCGCUGAAGACUGGAGACCUCAGUCUGACACUGAAAUACCCCACACACACAGACAGAGACACCUACACCUGCACCGUCUACGGCAGGGAGGGAAAAGUCCUGAUGGAGAAAAAAGUGGAGCUGAAAGUCGAAGAGUGUCAGCUGGUGGCGAAGGAGGAGGGGGCGGAGUCUGUCUCUCUUCCCUUUCAAACCACAGACAACCUGCCUGGCGACAGUGAAGUGGUGUGGAAAUGUUAUGAACCAGAAUACAGGAAGGUCUACGUGUAUGAGAACGGCUCUGAUUGGCCUGACAAACAGGAUGACCAUUACAAAGGUCGCACUGAGAUGAAUGAAGACCCUCUGAAAUGUGGAGACCUCAGUCUGACCCUGAGACACCCCACAGUGGGAGAUGCUGGGAGAUACGGAUGUGAGGUCAACAGCAAGGAGGCCUGGAGAUACAAGAGGGUGCGGCUCACAGUUAAAGGUUAGUUAGUUAAUUCAUGUUUGUUUGUUUGUGUGUGUGUGAGGUGUGACUCUUCUGUUUCCUCUGCAGGGAAAUAAACAGAGGCCAUCAGGAUCAGCUCCACUGAUCCAUCUGCUCUGAUCACUGAUCAAUCAGUUUGAUGUGUUUGUUUGAUUAUUGAUGAGUGAAGGACAUCAGUGAACAGACGGUGCUGAAGUGGAAGAUGCUGUCAGCUGCUAGUGAGGCCUGUUUAAGCCUGUUGUGUCCCAUGUGUCUGUUCUCAGUAUGAUCACACAGCUAAUGUAUAAACUCCUACAAACCUGUGUUCUUGGAAAGUGCACUGUUGGCUGUUUCUGUAACUCUGACCAAAUAUAAGAUGUGUCAGCGUCAUGUGGAGUAAACGUUAACAAUACUGUGUGUAUCUGUGGAUGGUUUGUGGCUCGGCUGCAGGCGAGGGGAGGGGCACCGGGAAGGCUGGCGGGCACAGCUGAGAUCCAUCGCUGACCACACCUUUUUAGGAGCAGUGGGUGGAGCAUGCUGGACACAGCUGUGUGAGUGAAAAUGUCUCAGAGCAAAAUAAAAAUGAGUUUGUCAGGAAACCUGUUCAGUUAUCAGGUGUUUGUGUCACAGUGUCUGAUGUAACAGCUGCCAAAUACAAGACAUCGUUUUCUCUUCGUCCAGCUCAGGGUUAAGUGGGGGAGGCUGUCAUAGGGUAAAAGGUGGGGCACCCCCAGUUACUGCCA